GGUGAUGCUGUUUGAUCCCUUCCAGUCUCCGUACAUUUCUGUGUUAUGACGUCAUCUGGUCGGACGGGACCUAGAAACUUUACUUGCUUGGAACCUGGAUGAAAUUUUGUUUCCCCCUCAAUUUCCAGACGGAUUUACUCAGUGAGUCUUACACGUGGAUCAGAAAUGGAGCAUCGCCGAUGUGCAGCGUGUGAACUUCAGACUUUUCUGGACCAGCAUGUGAGCUUGAACAAAUAUAAUUAAAUCAGACAGGAGAGGACAUGGACGAACGAGAAGAUGUGACGGAGCGCGCGUGCACGGGCUGUGGCGGGAGGAUUCAGGACGCGUAUCAUGUGAAGGUUCUUCAAGACGCCUGGCACAACUCAUGCUUUCAGUGUUCUGUUUGCUUUGAUCUCCUGACAAACUGGUACUUUGAGAAAGAGGGGAGGCUGUACUGUCACAAACACUACUGCGAGAAGUUUGGGGAAUUGUGUCAUGGCUGCUCGCUGCUUAUGACUGGACCUGCUAUGGUGGCAGGAGACUAUAAAUACCAUCCCGAAUGCUUUGUGUGUUUAAGCUGCAGAGUGGUGAUUGAGGAUCAGGAUUCCUAUGCCUUAGUGGAACGUACUAAACUCUACUGUGGUAAAUGCUACAAGCAGGUGGUCCUAACACCAAUGCUGGAGAAGCGGGGUUUGGUUGACUCUCCAACGGACCUGCUCCCUCACACAGUGACUCUGGUGUCCAUGCCUGCUGCCACCAAUGGUAAAAGAGGUUUCUCUGUCAGUGUGAUUAGAGACUGCACCAGUGCCACGGCCAGUGUUCAGGUCAAAGAGGUCAGAGGGAUGCAUAUUAGUCCAGAGGUUCGGAACGCCAUCCAUGUUGGGGACCGAAUUCUGGAGAUCAAUGGACUCCCGGUGUCAGCUCUGAUGGAGGAGGAGGUGGAGGACUUGAUCCAUCGGACCAGUCAGACACUGCAGCUUUUGAUGGAAUAUGAUCCAGUCAGACAGCGUCUGGACCGACUCCGCCUGGGCUCCCGCAAUCAACUGGGUGUCCCCGCGGCUUCCCGUAUGCGUAUGUCCUCCUCAGCAGAUGCUGAGAUCGAACGAAGUGUCACAGUGGGCAAUGGGACGUUAAAAAGGAGGUCCCUCAGACGUAGCAACAGCACCUGCAAGUCUCCAGUGUCUUCAUCUCCAAAGGACCCUCCGAUUCUAACUCGAGAUAUCGGCCGCUCUGAAUCCCUACGUUCUACUUCCAGCUGCUCCCACCGUAUAUUCCGUCCCUGUGACCUCAUCCAUGGAGAAAUCCUAGGAAAAGGUUUCUUUGGACAGGCCAUCAAGGUGACCCAUAAAGCCACAGGUGAGGUGAUGGUGAUGAAGGAGUUGAUCCGCUGUGAUGAAGAGACACAGAAAACAUUCCUAAAGGAGGUAAAAGUGAUGAGAAGUCUUGAUCACCCACACGUUUUGAAGUUCAUAGGGGUUUUGUACAAGGACAAACGGCUUAAUCUGAUAACGGAGUUCAUUGAGGGAGGCACCCUAAAGGAUUUUAUCCGAGAUACGGACUCAUUCUCAUGGGAACAGAGAGUUAGUUUUGCAAAAAGCAUUGCAUCUGGAAUGGCAUAUCUGCAUUCAAUGAGCAUCAUACAUCGAGAUCUCAACUCUCACAACUGCCUGGUCAAACUGGACAACACUGUCGUUGUGGCAGACUUUGGUCUGUCUCGUCUAAUCAUGGAGGACAAGGUCAAACAGCCAACCCCUGACAAACCAGCCAAUAAAAAAAGACUGUUUAGACGCAUUGACCGUAAGAAACGCUACACGGUGGUGGGGAACCCAUACUGGAUGGCCCCAGAAAUGCUUAAUGGUAAACGCUACGAUGAGAAGGUGGAUAUUUUCUCCUUUGGCAUUGUGCUUUGUGAGAUUAUUGGUCAGGUUUAUGCAGAUCCCGAGUGUCUCCCGAGAACGCUGGAUUUUGGGCUCAAUGUGAGAAAAUUCAUUGAGAAAUUUCUUCCUGAGCACUGUCCUCCGGCUUUCUUCGCAUUGGCUGUGGCUUGUUGUGAUCUCACCCCUGACAACAGGCCUGCUUUUCAGAAGUUGGAGGACUGUUUUGAGGCAUUGACUCUGAAUCAGGAGUUGAAUAUCCCUCUGCCUGCAGAACUGGAUGAUCUUCAGCAGAAGUUUUUGAGGACUUAUGGACCCAGUGAAAUUGUGUCUGAAAACCAGGAAAACAUCAUAAACUAAUCCAACAGCA